GUCGUGUAUGAAGCUAUGGAUAACCGAGCUUUAGCCACAGAUUGUUUCAAAGAUGCGCUCAAAAAUGACGUGCAUUGUUUUGAAGCGUUUGAUCUGCUUGUUUCUCAUCACAUGCUGACCGAUAAGGAGGAACGAGAGUUGCUGUCUUGCCUGCCUUUCUCAGAGCAAUGCAUGCCUGAAGAGGUUGAUUUGUUGAAGUUCUUGUACGAAGGCAAGGUGAAGAGGUACUGCAAACCUGUUGACCCAAAGCUACCUCCUGGUUUGGAAACCCUGUACGACAACCUGGAUGUAGUUGCUGGAAUGGCUGAGCGGCACUUUUACAACUGCAGUUACUAUCAGUCAUACAAGAUGACAUCUGCUGUCCUGACGUCUGAUCCUUAUCAUGAGGCUUGCUUGCCCAUUCAUAUCACCUGCCUGGUAGAACUGAAGAAAACGAAUGAGCUAUUCUACCUUGGACAUAAGCUUGUUGAUAACUAUCCUCAAAAGGCUGUCGCUUGGUAUGCAGUUGGCUGUUAUUACUAUGUCAUUGAAAAGUAUGAGCAGGCUAGGAGGUACUUUAGCAAAGCUACCAGUAUAGAACGAGUUUAUGGACCAGCAUGGCUUGCAUUUGGGCAUGCUUUUGCAGCAGAAGGAGAGCAUGAUCAAGCAAUGGCAGCUUACUUUGCAGCUUCUAAGCUAAUGCCAAGAUGCCAUCUGCCUCUUCUCUAUAUUGGUCUGGAGUAUGGAAAAACCAAUAAUGCAAAACUGGCUGAGAGAUUUUUUGAACAGGCUUUAAUUCUUUCACCAGAUGAUCCUUUUGUGAAGCAAGAGAUGGGCGUGAUUGCCUUUCAAAAUGGAGAUUAUCUUUCUGCAGAAAAGAACUUCAAGGCAGCUCUCCAGAAAGCACAGAUCACUAGCGGGGAAGUUCUCUCAGAAACUUGGGAGACACUGCUCAGUAACCUUGGCCAUGCCUGCCGCAAGCUAGGGAGAUACCAAGAAGCAUUACGAUACCACAAGCAAGCACUUGUUCUUUUUGCUAACAAAGAGAAACAACACCACCUUGGAAAGAUGAUUGUGCACUAA